AUGGACACCCCCCAGACAGAACGAGGCACGAUGAUUUUCAAAGCGAACGGAGAGCAUAUGUUUAGUAGCACGAAAGGUCUGAUCACACAUUCGAAUGAAAAUAUUACCGCGGAAGAUUUAUUCCUCACAAGGAAUAUUUGUCCUGAUGUGAAGCGGAAGGUAACUGGUGGGCCAGUAAAGACGACGACCAUAGAAAAGGUCACAAGGGUCCCCAAGGUGGUUUUUAAAGAACGGGUAAAGGAUAAAGUGCUGAAGGAAAAAAAAGUGGUUACGAAGGAAGUGGAGAUAGAACAAGUUGUUGAUGUGAUAGAAAAUAAGGAGGAGAUUAUUUAUAACGAAGUGAAGGUACCAACAUACAUUGACAUCCCUAUAGUACAUCCCAGACAGGAGAUAUACCACACGCAGAUUUUAAAAAAUGUACCCAAGGGGGUCGAGUUGUUAGUAACACAAACGUUACAAGUGCCAAAGAUUAAACCCAAGUAUGUGGAAGUACAGGUCCCCAUUUAUGUCCCCUGUUAUAUAGAAGUACCUAUACCUGCUCAAUAUAUACCCAUCCCCAAAGGAGAAAAGAAUGAACAUUUCACAUGUGGUAUAAAUAAGGAUCUAAAUAAUUAUUAUAAAAACCCUAUGGUUUACAAUAACCCUUUCAUGAGCAGUGCGCUACAGAAAGAGACUACCCAGGGGGACUCCUCCAAUCAGCAGCAUGCAAAGGAAAGUGUGAACUGUCCUGCUGAUGGAGGGGACAACAAGUCGGAGGCCAUUUACUCGUCUAAGAGCUCCGUGGAACAAAGCAGCGUAGAUAAUCUGGUGGCCGCGGGGGGACAAUAA